CGCAGGGACAGAAAAGAAUAAGAACUGUCCUCCGUGAUGGGGACUCACCACUUGUACUUGUUCCCUCUUUCAAACCAAAAAUGAAGCUCACCACUCCUUUCAUUAUUGCUUCCCUACCUUUCAUGGCGCUUGCCGGUCCCAUUGCGAAAGGCUUUUCUAUCCCAAUUAGCAAGAGGGGUCCCGCCUUAACUCAGGAUGGCGUUGUCAACAUGAAGGCUAUCAAUGCCCACCUUAGACAUGUCGCCAUCAAAUACAACGCCGGCUUGAAGAAUGACAAGAAGGAUACUAGCUUAGUACAUCAUGCCGCUCGGAGCAGGCCCUCGAAGAGCGGUGCCGUGGCCUUAACAGGCGACGACCGACAACUUUGGUACGGCAUUAUUUCGGUUGGAACCCCUCCCAAGGACUUUACGGCCGAUUUCGACACCGGAAGCAGCGACCCCUUCCUUCCUGAUAUCUCUUGCAAUAAUUGUGGGAAUCAUACGCGUUACGACCCUUGCUCGAGCUCUACUUCCUCUGAGGUUGGAAAGACGUUUAGGAUUACUUAUGCCGACAAUUCUACCUCCAGCGGAGUGAUAUACACUGACACUGUCACUGUGGCUGGCCUCACAGCCAAGAAUCAAUCCCUCGGAUCUGCCACCGACUACAGCACGGAGUUUCAGACUGCACCAAUGGAUGGUUUGCUGGGCCUGGCCUGGCCUGGCCUUUCUACGUUCAAUUCUACACCUUUUUUCCACACACUCAUCCAACAGCGAUCCGUCAAAGAACCGGUCUUCGCUUUCCACCUCUCAGACUCCGGUUCAUCGCUCCGCCUCGGCGGAACCGAUGAAUCGCUGUAUCGGAAACCUCUUACCUACAGCAAUGUGACUAGACUAAUUUAUUGGGAGGUUCAUCUCGAUGGUAUCAAUGUUGGACAAAACAGGACAAGCAGCCAUCAAUCGGCCGUUAUCGAUACAGGUACCACUCUUAUCGUCGCUGAUCCAGUCACAGUUGGGAAGUUCUAUCAGGCUAUUAAGGGCAGUGCCAUUGUUAAUCAGACUGAUGGCAUCACCUACUACUCUUACCCCUGUAACUCCGAUCCUCAAGUCUCCGUCACACUCAACAAUGUUUCGUAUUCCAUUUCUUCCAAAUACCUCAACUUCGGCCAAAUCUCCGAAGGGUCAAGCGACUGCUUUGCCGGCGUCGCCGCUAUAGAAGGCCUUGACUUGGUGAUCCUUGGUGAUGCUUUCCUGCAGAACGUUUAUGCUGUCUUCGACGUUGGCAACACCCGUGUUGGAAUCGCCGAGCUUUCCGAAAAGCAUUAAUGGUUGGGAGGCAUCAGUCAACCCUCGGAAAUGAUACCCACAUUGCUGCCCAUCCUGAAGGCUUUCAUUCAUUUGGCCGUGACAUCCCUGGUCCUGG